AUGAAACUGAAACAAAAGGAAACAAAAUACGCUUUCCCGGCAUCUCUCGACGGUCUUCACAAAUCCGCAACUAAACUGUUCUUCAAGCCGCAACCGGAAAGUCUUAUAGAUGGCCAGGUGAUAACCAUUGAUCACUUUUUCUCAGAUGAAUUCUGUUCUGAACUAAUCACAAGCUUUCAAAGAAACAUCAAGUUGGAAACAACUCCACUUAUUAAGAGUCGCGAGUAUAGUCCUCGAGUAAAUGACCGCGUAUCAUUGGUCGACUACUCAGCAGCUGAUUCGCUUUGGCAAUACUUCAGGUAUGUUCUUCUGAACCCAUUAGGCAUAGACGAUGAGGAUCUAGAAAGAAUUACGGACGAAUUCGCAAGUGCAAGAAGUCUCAACCCUCAAUUGCGUGUUUAUCGAUAUACUGCGGGCCAUUUCUUUGGCAAACACUACGAUGAAUCGGUGAUUUGUCCUAUCGCAAGCGAUCCCUCUAAGAAAGGCCACACAAAAUGGACGCUUCUCAUCUAUUUAAGUGGAGGUGACGACUUGGCGGGAGGGGCUACGAUCUUCUAUCCAGAGGGCCGCGGUGUUCCUCCUUUAAAGGUUAAUCCCCGUAGAGGCACAGCAUUGUUACAUAAGCAUGGAGACGAUUGCUUGAAGCACGAGGGCGAAUUGGUGAAGGGCGGAGAAAAGUGGAUUCUACGUUCCGAUGUCACUUUCUAG